AUGUCUAUUUCUACGAGGCAAAGGAUCAAUAAUCAUAAUAGCAGUAUCAUUCUGCCCCUUCCACAAACUGUUGGAGAAUCACGACGCAGACGUGGCAGGCCCACUUCACGAAAUAGUCAUAAUGGCAGUACUCUUCUGUCCCCUCCACGAACUGUCAGAAGAUCACGACGCAGACGUGGCGGGCCACGAGUGGCAACUACAUCACCUACGCCACAUACACCUCCUAUACCUCCCACACUCCCUCCGAUGGAACACACGGAAUUUUCUUAUUUUUUGUUUCAUGGUGGGCAUUUUAAUGACUUUGAAGAUUGA